AUGCACCGGGUGAGGAUCGAACUCACAACCUCCGCAUCCCUUACGACGUCGUCUCAUUCCGUCUAUCAGUACGGCGCGCUAACCGAUUGUGCUACCGGUGAACCCCUCGCUGUACACUUACAUUUAUCAUCAGACGCAUAUAAGCACUAUUUUGCGGUAGAAAAAAUUCGCCGGGUGAGGAUCGAACUCAGAACCUCCGCAUUACUUACGAUGUCGUCUCAUUCUGUCUAUAAGUACGGCGCGCUAACCGAUGGUGCCACCGGAGCACUCCUCGCUACACACUUACAUUUAUCAUCAGACGCAUAUAAGCACUAUUUUGGGGAAGAAAAAAUGCUCCGGGUUAGGCUCGAAAUCACAACCUCCGCAUCCCUUACGAUGUCGUCUCAUUCUGUCUAUAAGUACGGCGCGCUAACCGAUUGUGCUACAGGAUCACUUCACGCUGUACACUUACAUUUAUCAUCAGACGCAUAUAAGCACUAUUUUGGGGAAGAAAAAAUGCUCCGGGGGAGGAUCGAACUCACAACCUCCGCAUUCCUCACGACGUCGUUUCAUACUGUCUAUACGUACGGCGCGCUAAUCGAUUGUGCUACCGGAGCACUCAUAGCUGUACACUUACAUUUAUCAUCAGACGCAUAUAAGCACUAUUUUGGGGAAGAAAAAAUGCCCCGGGUGAGGAUCGAACUCGCAACCUGCGUAUUCCUUACGAUGUAG